CUAAAACAACUCGUGGAAAGAUCUCGGAGUGUUGCAAACACGAUUGUAAAACAUGAUCUGCCAUUAAUCGAACGAAAUUUGGAACAAAUCGAGAAACAGUCGCGUAAGCUUGCUGACAAAGUUGUAAAGCCCGGAGAUGCCCCUGAAAGAAAGGCUCCUUACUUCUUAGCAAAUAUUGGGAUCGAUGGUGACAAAUUGACACAAGAUGUAAAAAGUAUCUCCGUAUUAGGUGCUUUCGAGCCACGCACCAUUUUGCUUGAUACCGAUGUUGAGAGAUAUCUUGACCACAAACACCAACAAACGAUCACAAGUAUUAUAAAGGAUGGUUAUACACAAACUGACAAUGAAUAUAACGCUCUUUUCGAUUGCUGUCUAAGUUCAGAGUGGGAUAAAACUAAGAGGAAGGUGUUUGAAGAAUUUGGCCAACACAUAACAAUGAGAUCAACAGAACUUCCAAGUAGUGCUGGGAGUAGCGUAUUUCGAAGUCAAUUCUCGCCAAGUGCAUCUUUAUCAAGCAGUUUCAGGGCUUCGACUUUGAAACCAUCGUAUAUCACUUCAGGAGAAAGAAGAAUAUCAUUUAAAAAUGAGUCAACUUUACAAUUAAAUCAGAAAUAUUUGGGCUAUUUUGAUGUUGUUGUAAAAUUGAAUAAUGCUAGGUUGGCAAAGAUUGAAUAUGGCAUUAUAAAUGAAUUUCACAACGCUGCGAGGAAGAUCAGUUUGGAUUAUGGAAAAAAAAUAGUUCAAUGUUGGCGGGCACUUGCAUCUAUUGUUGGAGAAUUUAAUGUCAUUGAUGGCAGUUUUAAACGCAAUCCAUUAAAGCAGCGUCAGUUCGCACCAGCAUAUCAAGAACCAGCUUUUAAUACUGC